GGGGGGGGGGGGAGCUGCGCGGAGCCGCCGCUUUGCAGCGCUGAGCCCCGGCCGCUCUCUCCGCUCCGCCGCCGCCCGGGACUGGCAGAAGGAGCCCCGCGGAUCCCGGCUGCUCGCUUCAAGCCCGCAGCGAUGGAGCGGGGCGGCGGGGCCGAGGCGCGGCUCCCCUCGGCAGGGAGCAGCCGUUCUCCCCUCCGCCGGAGGGAGCGGAGCAGCCCCGCCGCCGGGCACCGGCCCCCCUGCUAGGAUACAGGGGAGCCCAGCCCCGUCCCGCACCCCCGGAACCCCCUGUGCAUCCCCCUGUGCACCCCUGAACCCUUCGUGUAUCCCCUUGCGUACCUCCUUGUGCGUCCCUCUGUGCACCCCAAGCCUUUUGUGCAUCCUCUCCGUCCUCCUGUGCAUCCCUUUGUGUCCCCCCAAACCCCUUGUGCAUCUCCCUGCGCGCCCCCCCAAACCUCUUGUGCAUCUCCUUGUGCAUCCUCUCCAUCCCCCUUCUGCACCCCCAAACCCUUCGUGUCCCCCCUUUCCGUGCCUUCCACCCCCGAGCUCCCCCUUGCAUGCAACCCCAGGGCUGCAGGAGCCGGGGCCACACACGAUGGGCACCAAGCAGACCAAAGGCUGCCAAGCGGGCAGCGCUGCCGAGAGCCCCCCGGCCCAUCCCCGCAGGAAAGCGCCGCCCAGGGAAAGGGGGGAUUUCCUCGCUUCCCUCGUGGUGAAGUCCGGGGAGAAGUUCGGGAAGGGCGGCAGCCUCCCCCCUUACCACCGGCGGAUCUGCAUGAUCCAGGACAUGCUGGUGCUGGUGAAGCAGGGGAAGCAGGAGGAGGCCACCGAGCUGCUGAGGCACCUGAGGCAGGAUUUAGGAAUGGAGUCGACCUCUCUGGAUGAUGUCCUCUAUCGAUAUGCCAGCUUUCGAAACCUGGUGGAUCCAAUCACUCAUGACUUGAUCAUCAGCCUCGCUAGGUACAUCCACUGCCCCAAACCGGAGGGGGACUCCCUUGGGGCCAUGGAGAAGCUUUGCCGGCAGCUCACCUACCACCUCAGCCCCCACUCGCAGUGGAGACGCCAAGGCAUCAUGAAGAGGAAGCCUCAGUCCUGCUUGAAAGCUGUCCUGAUGGGAAAGCCUCAGGACAACACCGUGGACCUGUCGGGCAUCCCACUGAGCCUGAAGGACCUGGACCGCGUCACGUCCUACCUGCAGCACAGCUCAGAGCACAUUGACACGGUGGAGCUGUGCUUCACAGAGCUGACGGAUGAAAUGCUGCUGCAGCUCCUGCCCACCCUCUGCAUCCUGCCCCACCUCACCACCCUCUCCCUCAACGGCAACCGGCUCACCAAAGCCAUCCUAAGGGACCUCACCGAAGCCCUCAAGGACCCCAAGAAGUUCCCCAGCAUCACCUGGAUCGACCUGGGUAACAACGUGGACAUCUUCUCCUUGCCUCAACCCUUCUUGGUCAGCCUCAAGAGACGGUGCCCCAAGCAAGGGAACUUACCAACCAUCCUGGAGUUUGGAGAGGGGCAGGUAAGCGAUUUGGAGAGCCAGGAUGGUCUGGCUGACAGUCAGGAGGACCUGCGAGCUGGACCAGGCAAGACUGACACCAUAGGCUUGCAGCAGACAGACAGAACAGUCGAGGUUGGGAUGCUCCCCACCUCGGAGCAAGGUGCUGCUACCCCACAGACAUGAUGUCUGGCUCUAUCGGGUGGGCACAUUGAGCAAGGAUGGCUCACAACUGAGACCUGGGUGAUGGAGGUUGAUCCAUACAGCUUUGGGAGUCCAGAUUGCUGCCUUCCUCCUGUUCCAUGUGUGUCAACUUGUUUUUCCUGUCAAAGAACACCUAAAGGUGAUCAUGUUGAAUACUUGUGUUUUAUGGAAGCUGGCCAGGUAUCAUUAAACACGAGGGAUGGGAUGUGCUUUUUAACCUCUCAAAAACGCAUCUCCAAGGUGGUGGAAGGUGAGGCUCUUAGAAGAAAUAGAGGGGAAGAAGUACCCAGCCUUAGCAGAGAAGGACCCCCUUUCCCUAGCACUGGGUCUAACCAUGUGUGGGUCUCUCCCAUGUAUGAUGGGCAGACAGCAGUCACCCAAAGAGGUGAGAGAAACCUUAAAUCCUUUCCAAUCCUGACUUCAGGAAUGGCUGAGGAAUAGUGUUAUCUGCUGAGAUACAAGUCUGACCACACACUAUCUGGGGGUGUUUGUCUUAAGAUUGUGAGCCAGCCCCAUAGGAAAAGCUUUGCUUUCCUAGUGUGGAGCUAAACCCCAUCCCACAGUGUGCCUGGACCCCACUCACCCCCCAGCCUUACCUAGAGCAGGCUGGCACUUGGGCCUGCCCAGUAGCAACUCCAGAGCUUUUAAUGUGGUACCUGGAGCAAUGCUGGGAGUAUCUGAUCCGUUCUGGGGAGGGAUCUGCAGGAUCUGGAGCCAAGGCUCAGCUCAGGUCCAUUCCUGCCAUAAAGAGAACACAAUACUGGUUUAUAACAGGAAAACAGUGCUGGGUUCAUCCCUGUGCCACUGCCAGGUCACUCAGCUGUGCCCUCUGCCCACAGGACCAGAAGUGCUUUGUUUCUAGAACACAGUUUGGGGAUUUUUCCCCCAAAAGACUUGGUUUUGGUGGGAUUUUAGAUGAAAAUGGCUCAGCCCAGAGGAGCAGCAGCCCUGGAAUGGGCGCUUUGGCUUUUGAACCAGAAUUCCAUCUGAUCCCAAACCUGGGGGAGGGCAGAAAAGGGUCAAAACCGUCCACUCCCAGAUGUGACUCCAUUGCCUAACAGGGAGCCCCUUUCUACCUGUUCAAAGCCCUGCUUUACCCCUGUUUCCCUGGCUCGCAGCAGUGACUCUGGCUUUGCUUUCUCUGGGUGCAGACAUGGACUUUUGGCCAUCUCCUUGGCUCUGUUCAUCCAACAUCCCUGCACCAGGAAGCUGUUUCCACACUGUCAGUGGUUGUAGGUAUCUUAGAAGAGACUCUGCUACUCGUUUUAAUACACUUGGCACCAUUCAGUAUCAUUUGCAUGUAUCCAAGCCUUUUUCCUUCUUUUUUAAUGCUAACUCAUCCCAACAGGCAUGAGAAGAACUCCGCAGUGAAUAAACUGUUCUGUUUGAAUAAAGGAGAUAUCCAUCACCUAAAUAAAGGACA